AUGGCGACCAAGUUCAAGCUCAACACCGGGGCUGAGAUCCCCGCCAUUGGGUUCGGCACCUGGCAAGACGAAAAUGCUCAGGAGGAUGCCGUUGCCGAAGCGAUCAAGGCCGGAUACCGCCAUAUUGACACCGCAAGAGUAUAUGUAACCGAAGAAGCCGUUGGAAAAGCGAUCAAGAAGAGCGGCGUGCCUCGAGAUCAACUAUUCGUCACGACUAAGCUUUGGAACAACAAGCACCACCCCGAUGAUGUCGCAGGUGCCCUUGAUGCCUCUCUCGCCGAUUUGCAGUUGGACUAUGUCGACCUGUUCUUGAUGCACUGGCCGGUGGCAUGGAAACGAGGAGAGGAACUCUUCCCAAAAGAGAAUGGAAAGCCUGCCAUGGAAAACAUCGACUUUGUCGACACAUACAAAGCGAUGGAGAAACUGCUGUCAACUGGCAAGGUCAAGGCCAUUGGUGUUUCAAACUUCUCGAAGGCUGAGAUAGAACAUCUGCUGAAGAAUACAUCGGUUGUGCCCGCUGUGCAUCAGCUGGAGGGCCACCCAUGGCUGCAGCAGCGGGCCUUCGCCGAUUGGCACAAGGCAAAGGGUAUCCAUGUCACGCAUUAUUCUCCGCUCGGCAACCAGAACGAAAUGUAUUCCACCAAGGGCCAGAUCGACAAGCUCAUCGACGAUCCGGUACUGGUUGAGAUCUCGAAGAAGUACAACAAGUCAACCGCACAGAUUGCUCUUGCCUGGGGUGUCACGCAGGGCCACUCAGUGCUUCCCAAAUCGAAGACACCAUCUCGAAUCAAGGCCAACCUUGAAGGUGACUUCCACUUGGACGCCGAGGAUACGAAGAAGAUCGAAGGUAUCGACAGGAAACUUCGUUUUAACGAUAGCAGCGCCGACUUUGGUCAAGAUUUCUUUACCGAUCUGGAUGGGAAAAAAUCCGUUUGA